AUGGAGUUGUUGCCUUUGGAUAUGUCGAAGGUUGUUUGUGAUGAUGAUAAGUUGUCUGAAAAGCAAGAGGGUAUAAAAGUCACUGAUGACAGCUCUAUGAUUAAUGCAGAGCUGGGUAGUGGUAUUGUAACUACCAGUACUAGAGAAAAGAGAAAACACUCUGAAGAGAGUGAUUAUAUUAAAGAGGUGCCCAUCCCUCAAAAACGAGCGUGUAUGGGUAUUAAACAUGACCACACAUAUUCUGUCAGUUCUCAUUGUAGAUUGAAACAGAAGGCCGAUAAUCUGUUAGAUAAAGCAAAAAAUCUGAAGAGGAAAUUGAAAACAUCUCAUAUGAAAAGUAACAGGAUAAAAAGAAAGGUGAAUUCUUUGACCUCAGUUGUAAGUGAGCUAAAGAAAGAGAAACUGGUGAGUAAUGAUUGUGCCAGUAUCCUGGAGACAACUUUUUCAGAGGUUCCUAAGGAACUUAUGAAAAGGUUGGUGACACAGAAGAAAAAGAAAAAUCCAGGUGCGUAUCCAGAGGAAUUAUGAACAUUCGCUAUGACCCUGAAGUUUUACUCUGCAAAGGCAUAUAAAUAUGUUAGAAAGAGUUUUAAUUUAGGGUUACCACAUCCAUCAGUGAUCAGCAGCUGGUACACUGCUGUGGAUGGGGAACCUGGUUUUACCAAGGAAGCAUUGACAGCAUUGAAAGCAAAAGUCCUGGCUGGAAAACGAGAUGGUCAAGAAGUCCUUUGCGCGCUGAUGUUGGAUGAGAUGUCCAUACGCAAGCAUGUACAGUGGGAUGGCAAGAAAUACCGUGGGUUUGUCGACCUUGAUACUGGCAUUCACGACGACUCGCUGCCGGAAGCCACUGAAGCUCUGGUGUUCAUGGCAGUCUCCUUAAAUUCUAACUGGAAAGUACCAUGUGGGUAUUUUCUAGUGAAUGGUCUUACGGGAGAAGAGAAAGUCAACCUGACGAAAGAUUGCCUCACGAAGCUACACGAAGUCGGAGUGAAGGUGGUCUCGUUCACCUAUGACGGACCAACUACUCACCAAGCGAUGUUGAAGUUGCUUGGAGCUCGACUGUCUGCUGAUAACUUGCAGGUUUACUUUCCACAUCCAUGUGAUAAUAAUGAAAAAAUCUAUGUUUUUUUAGAUGCAUGUCACAUGAUCAAGUUGGUGCGAAACACCAUGUCAGACUGGAAAGUUAUGAAGGAUAGCGAUGGUAACACCAUUGACUGGAAGUUUAUUGAGGAACUGCAUAAACUGCAAGAAACGGAAUGUCUGCGCCUAGCGAAUAAAUUGCGAUCCGCGCAUGUAGACUGGAAACCUCAAAAAAUGAAGGUAAACUUGGCAGCGCAGACUCUAAGCUCGAGCGUUGCUGACGCUCUAGAGUAUACUGUGAAAGUAAGCUACAUGAAAUGCCACAGUUUAGAGGCUGUGGCCCGACGAUAAAGUUUAUUCGUAUCUUUGAUCGCCUUUUCGAUGUUCUCAAUUCUAGAAAUCCGAAGGCAAACAGUUUCAAGGCACCAAUCAGAAAGACGAACUAUCAGUUCGUGAAGAAGUUUCUAAAUGA